GCUUCCUUGAUACUCCGGACCGGAAGGAUUUAACCAGAAACUACCAUGGAACUGAACGAAGAGCAGCUGAAAAUGACCGAGACUCAGCUGCAAAGAUAUUUACCUCGGUCACAACAGGUUUAUGGUUGUCUGGUCCUCAGAAACAGAGUCCGAUCAGACCCUGUGAGGGUUUUAGUGGACAGAUGGCCAGAGUUCAAUGUCCUUGUCUGCAAACCCCAAUAUGAACAGAAGGGUGAUCUCUUCAAAGACAUAAUGGUUUUUGCAAAGGAUGAAUCUCUACUUGAGGAAACCAUAAGGAAGUCCUCUGUUAUUGACUGGACCCGGUACCUUUGCCUUGGAAUCAAUCUUCGCCACAUAGAGAUAUUCAAAGCAGUGGCUUCAGAAAAAGGCGUGUCCAGCAGAAAACUGGCAGUGUGUCACCUGAUGAGACUGGAGGAUGUAUCCAACCUUCCCUCUCUAGACAGCACAGGGAUCUCACUACGCUCUCUGGAUGAAUCCCACGUCGGCUUGGUGAAUCAGACAUGGAAGUUUGGAAAGAACGAGGGCUCCCUCAGAAUGAUCGGGAAUAUGCUCGCAAACUUCCCCUCCUGCUGCGUGCUGGACCGAGAAGGGAAGCCUGCAUCCUGGAUCCUGACCUACGCGUCGUGUGCGAUGGGCAUGUUGUACACUCUGCCAGAGCACAGAGGGAAAGGCUACGCCAAAGUCCUGAUCAGCGCCAUUGCCAAGAGACUCCACGCUCAGGGCUACCCAGUGUACUGCUUCAUCGAGGAGGAGAACCAGGUCUCCCACAGGCUCUUUAAAAGCCUGGGCUUCAUUGAGGACCCCUCGUACAGGGAAGCCUGGUUUGGUUUCAAUGAUUUUUAAAU